AUCCAGUGUCUUUAUAUAAAUUAAGAAUUAAUAUUAUAUCUAAUAUGUACAAUUCGAUGCUAACAUUUUGACAAAUAAGUGAAUGUACAAGGCCAGUUAUUACGGUAAAAUCUGCGUUGCCAUGGAUAUUGCGGAAAUACACACGUUAGCGGAAUCUAUGGCGGCUGUGAAUGUUUUGGUGUGUGACUUAUUGUUUGGCUAAAAGUGAGAAUACGAUCUAUUUAUUGUUUGUAUUCAGCAACGAAGUCGGCUUUUUUCUUUAAACAUAUCGGAUAAGAAUCUCCACAGCAAGGAUGCCAACAUGCGACAUUUGACAAAACACAAUUCAUCUGAUGUCUUGGACUGUCUGCAUCAUAUGAGAGAGGAUCCUGAUGGAACAUGUUGUGCGAAAAGAAUAAGAGAUACUGUACACUCAGGAACAAGCACCAUUUUCUGCCCAUGUAAAAGGACAAGUCGUUAAGUCAGAAGUCCUGGUUUCUGCACAGGAGAUUGUGUAACAACCAGAUUAACGAGUCGCCAUCAAGUCAAUCCGUGAGAAAAAUAAGGCAGAAGAAAGGAGGAGAGAAGAGUGCGGAUCUUAGUUUCAACAACUGAAGAUGCUCCAGACCAGUAACUACUCACUGGUGCUGCUGAUCCAGCUCACAUUGUUGACCUAUGACCUCUUGGUCAACUCCUUCAGUGAACUCACAAGAGAGACACCUGUCAUUCAACUAGUGCUUUUUAUAAUCCAAGACAUUGCAAUCUUGUUCAAUGUGAUCAUCAUCCUGCUGAUGAUGUUCAACACCUACGUGUUCCAGGUGGGCCUGGUUUCUCUGCUGCUGGCACGAUUCAGGGCAAUGCUCUUUUUCUCUGCCGUUUACCUGACACUCAGCAUCUGCCUGCACUCCUGGGUGUUGAAUCUCCGAUGGCUUGAUUCAAACCAGUUCAUUUGGACAGAUGGUCUUUUGGCUCUUUUUGUUUUCCAGAGAAUCGCUGCAGUACUGUAUUACUACUUGUACAAACGGACAGCGGAGUAUAUGGGAGACCCCAGACUGUACGAGGACUCCAUUUGGCUGCGUGACGCUUUUGCCAAAGCCCGUCAGUAAAGAAAGGACAGUUCUUUGGUCAUACACCAGCAUUGUCACAUGCUUUACUAUAUCAUGGAGCAGCAUGUUCUUAAAGAGCUCUGACACUAACACAGUGCAAUGACAGACUGUUAAAUGCUCGUAAAAUUACUCCUGGUAAGGACGAUGAAGCCCAAGGUCGGUCUGUGUACAACUGGCUCUUGUGGCUAACUUGGCAGCUACUUGAAUGGUGAAUGCUUCAUACGUGUUUUAUUAAGUUACCCAGGAAUGUGUCUGUCAAUCAAUGUGGCCUUUGAAAAUCAAUUUGUUGAUUCCCAAAUGAUUAGAGCAAUUUGUUUUAUUUCCCACAAUAGUAAUCGUUUCAUUGUUUUGCCUUCCAAAGACAAGUGUUGUUUACUUUACAUUAUUGCGAUCCCUGCUCGUGUGAACUGAGCUGGGAUACUUCAAUUGUAUUCCCUUUGUUGUUAAUUAAACAGUGCCUCUUUAAGCCUGGUGUUAUCCUUUACUCAUGGAGGUCAUUAUUAUCCUGCAGACAAGGUGACCAGACAGCUCUAUUUAUAAACCUAGGAUUAAUCCAGGAUUGAGGUUUUAGGAGUCUCUGGUGAAACAAACUAUAAAUAGCAUGGCCUCUCAGGGUCAUCAGAAGGUACCAGGUCAUUUAUGAUUAGAAAAACAGUUUCAAAAAUUAAAAACAAUGUUUUUGGUUUUUAUUAAAAGAUGAUGUUGAAUUAUCAAGGAAGUAAUUUUUAUUUAUGGGCAAUUGGACACAAUAAUAAUAAAAAAAUAUUAAAAAUGAUUAGGUGAAAGUCAAAUAAUAUAACGUAUUAUAAAAUUAAUUGUUGCCCUAUAAGCCCUACAUCUCAGAGGUCAGGAAAAACACAAGUUUUUUUUUUUU